GACUCCAGUUCCGCCUUUCGGCGUCUAACUUAACAGCAGAGGUCCGUUUCACGUAGCAGAUUUAAUGGAGACUCAAAGUCUGUUAACUCUGAAGUUAGGGAAACUCUGAGUUUUACGUUUCACAAAGGAGGGUCAGCUAAACCAGAGAGAGAGGGGUAACUCUAACCUGUUUCACAAAGAGAGGUAACUCAACCUUGCGGUAAGUUACCAUCGUAACAGACUCCGUGAACCUAACUUGGUCGGGACUGUUUUCCUCAGUAAACCCAUAGUUUCUCUCUGUCUCCGCCCUCUUUCAGCCACAAACUCCUUUUGAUUUCCGUCAGCCGGCGAGUUUUAAACAGCUGAUUUAAGUCAUCUUGGUCCAUUCGGCACAGUAGCUAUUCCAUUCUACGACCAUGGCGUGUCCUUUUCUUGCAGAUCCCAUUGAUCAAGGAGCAGCGAUCCUGCGCAGGGAAGUAAUUCGUCGAGAGAUCCUUAGACCGCGAAUCGACAUUUUAGCCCUCCCGAACAAUUUUCUUUUAGAGCGGUAUCGUUUUUCAUCUCAAUCUAUAAUUUAUAUUCACAACCUCAUCCGUCCACACAUUUCGAACAUCACCCGUCGCAGUCAUGCGCUCACAUCAGAGCAGAUAUUAUGUGUUGCGCUGCGUUAUUUCGCCAACGGGAGUUUUUUAUAUAACAUCGGAGAUGCGGAGCAUUUGAGCAAGGCAACCGUUUGGAGGGCGAUCCGAAAAGUCUGCCUCGCCCUGACACGGCUUUUGCCGACUUUUGUUGUCUUUCCUGGACACAAACCUGUCCGAGCCAUCAAGGAGGAGUUCCACAGGAUCGCAGGUAAAGGAUGUACAGAUCUGUUUCGUGGUAUUAACUGUAAAACAACACGUGUUGUGCCGUAGAAUGCACCCCUGCCGUAUAAUGCACCCCCUGCAUUUUCUUAAAGCGGAAGAAAGUGAUCGCAUAUUUUAAAACCUACGAGUAUUUAAUCGUGACAACUUUCGUUCUGUUUUUAUGUGUCUCAAAAAUGCCCAUACGGAGGUGUGCUUGGGUAUAUAAAUUAUACAGUAAGCUGUCAAGUUAGCGAACAUUAUAUUUUCGGGACAGCAAAUAUUCCGAAUCAGAGGGCUAUUUUUUCGGCUUGUCUGAAUAGCCUGAAUGAAAUUAUUAAAGGCAGAUGCUUAUGACUUCGUCCAAUGGUAAGGAAAACUUGCAUUAUUUUCGCCUUGUUAAGUACUUUCAACUGCGCUCCUGUCAGGGGUGCAUUCUACGACAGGGGUGCAUUCUACGGCACAACACCUGACAUGUCAUCUUUUUACGUCCUGUCCGGGUCUUUUUUUUUUAUUUUUAUAUAAAUUCCUGAAAAUGUCCUAUUUUGUCCUAAUUGUGGAAAUCAAAAUAUGGUCACCCUAUAUUGAUAUUGUGCUGUAACAUCAUACUGAGAUUAGUAACUUUAAUUUGUUUUAGGAUUCCCCAGUGUGAUUGGAUGCAUUGAUGGCACGCACAUCCCCAUCAAGGCUCCUUCAAAAAAUGAGGCAGAUUAUGUGAAUAGGAAGUCGACACAUAGCAUCAAUGUGCAGGUACAUAUACUGCUUCAACAUGUUAAACACCUCAUCAUAGUUCAACUAACAUCUGUCAUUCUCUGCACUGUCAAGAUCAUAUGUGAUGCUGCAUACAUCAUUACCAAUGUGGAGGCCAAGUGGCCUGGAUCAGUUCAUGACUCGAGGAUGUUCCGCGAGUCAAACCUGAGCGCCAGACUCCAACGUGGUGAGAAGCCUGAAGGUUUGCAGUAUAACUCUCUUGUCUCCCUCCUUUAAUACGCUUCUUGCAUCCACUCUAUAUUACAGGAGAGUUUGACGGCCUUCUGCUGGGUGACAGCGGUUAUCCAUGUCAAGCGAGGCUACUGACCCCAUACCCAGACCCUGAACCAGGCCCCCAACAGAACUUCAACCGGGCUCACUGCAGUACGAGAGCCCGGGUGGAGACGACCAUAGGCCUGCUCAAAGCCCGUUUCCAGUGCCUACGUCAACUCAGGGUGACCCCCGAGAGGGCCUGUGAUAUUAUAACGGCAUGUGUAGUUCUUCAUAAUAUUGCCACUAUUAGAGGAGAGCAACACCCCGCCCUACAAAUUGAGGAGCCAGAUGAUGACCCUGUCCACCUGCCAGCAAUCGAGGACGGCCAAGCAGUCAGAGACGCAAUCUGCCAUGAUCACUUUUGAAUGUUAAGCACCCCCACCACCAUCACCACCCCUAGAAAUAAAAAAAUAAAAAAACAUGAAGCGCA